AAAAAAGCACUUUAGCUGUUGCAAAUAUUUUAACAAUUAAAAAAUAAAAUAAAAAAUAAAGAGAGACACAUGAGAGAGUAGACCAGACCCACCAGUCUCUGCUUCUUCCCUCCAACUCCUUCACCCUUCCCUCUCCAUUUAUUACUAAACCUCACAACUCAACCAAACAAAUCUUUGUACCUCAAAUGGGGAAGACGAAGAAGAUGAUGAAGCUCUCUUCUCUAUUCAAAGCCGGAGCCGGCGGAUUACUCGCGGUUCCUCUCUGUUACAACAAUGCCAAAACGCUUUCGUUCCGUGUCGGAGACGACAUGAUCAAGACGGUGAACUCUGUUUUCUUCGACCACAACCACAACAACAGCGGAGACUCUUCCGUAUUGGAAGCGGAGACGCCUGUUUCUUGGUUCACCAACUCAUCCGAGACAGCGAGUCACUCCACCGAGUCGGAUCAAGACCUCGACGCUGAAUCUCUAGAGAUGGUCGUCCGUGGCGUCGUUAGAUCGGAGCGUUUGUUCUUCGAUCCGGGUGUCACGAGCUCGAUUCUCGAAGAGACUGAUCCCAAAUCCAAAUCCAAAUCGAAGAAGGCGGUUGCGGCGGUGGGUGACGAUGAUGAUCGAGACGGUUGCGGUGGUGUUUUGACGCCGCCGAUCGAGGAGAUCAGCGUCGCGGUGGCGAUGGAAUCUGAGGAUCCGUACGGUGAUUUCCGAAGAUCGAUGGAGGAGAUGGUGACGAGUCACGGCGAGCUAGCUAAAGACUGGGACAGCUUGGAGUCGAUGCUCGCGUGGUACUUGAGGAUGAACGGGAAGAAGAGCCACGGCGUAAUCGUUAGCGCUUUCGUCGAUCUUCUCUCCGGACUCUCUGAUUCCGGCGCCGGAACUACGUCGGCGUCGAUAUCGGAUUCGGCUCGUUACUCAACCGCCGUUUCGUCUUUGCCGUCUUCGCCGUUAUAUUCUCAAGGUCAGACGGAGAUUGAAGAGGAAGAGAGACAGAGCUGUUAAAAAAAACAAUAAAAGAUUCGGUUUUAAUUUUUAAUCUUGUUUUAUUUUAGAUUAAUUAACCUUUUUUUGGAUUAUGUAAAAACUAAUUAGAGGAUUAAAUAUAUAUAUAUAUAUAUAUAUAUUUUUAGAUC